ACAAACUACUCUGAAGUUCUUCCUUUUGUAGUAUAAUAAUUACAUCUUUUCGCGUUGUUUCAAUCCGUAUCUGAAUCCUAACAUGCCUAUAACAUAUACAUUUUUUUCGUCAUUCGGUUAAACAUUCAUUGACUGUAUUUCUGGGCUCGUGUGUUUUGAAGCCAGUCCUGUUGGUGGUGGUAAAGCACCACAAAGUUGUCGACCACCAAAGAUAGAAGAAGAAACGCGGAACUGUCAAACAGCAUAAUGACAAUACAUGCCUGUAACUCAAAAACUACUGUUCAGCUUCAGGUUUGAACCAAGUUGGAAUUAUUUUUUAUCCCGUUUGUGCCAGUUAACACGAUGGCGUCUGACAGACAUCACUGUUCGUGUUGCUCCCAUCCAAUCUCCUCUCCCAGUGUUUACCAGACGCUGAGUGAAAUGGAUUUUGAACGAGGUAUCUGGUCUGCUGCAAUGGAUGGGGACUUGGAAAGGGUCAAGUCUUUUGUCCAGAAGGACACAGACCCCAACCUGAGAGACUCAGCUGGAUACACAGCUCUGCACUAUGCGAGCCGCAGUGGUCAUCACACUGUAUGCAAGUUUCUUCUUGAGAACGGUGCCUGUGCAUCUCCCCAGACACCAGGCGGUGCUACACCACUCCAUCGAUCAGCCUACUGCGGUCAUCUGGAUGUGGCCCGACUCCUGCUGCACCACAGAGCAGAUCCAACGCUCUGUGAUGACGAUGGCGCAUCCCCUUUACAUAAGGCUUCAGAACGGGGUCAUGAAGAGGUGUGUCGGCUGCUUCUGGAGCACUGUCCUGCACUGUGCAGCCAGGUGAAUAAGAGGCUCCAGCUACCCUUCCAGCUGGCACCACAGGGAGAUCUGCAGGAGCUCCUAAAACCACCCCGGUGAAAACAGACACACUGCAUCUGGGAAAUCUGGAGUUGCUAAGAACAGACAAAUGACAUGAGUCCCUUUUUUGAGUUGCUUUUCCAGUGUAGGUUGUUGGAUAUGCAGGAUUGGCAACUUUAUCUGCAAGAUUCUCCGCCACUGAAUCAAACUUUCAUCAGCUGAAGGGACGUUCACACGCAUCUGCAUUUGUAGAACAGCCAAUAGGAACACCACGAUUCGCCAAAGUCUCCCAUCAUGAGCAAAAUUUUCAAAAGCUGGAAAACAGAGCCAAGGGGAGGUGCAGAAGUGUAGUUUUCUCUCAGACCACUUGAAUUAAAAUAUGCUCAGUUCAUUAUGAUAUUUUUGCCAAAUGAUGCCAAAAUUAGAUUGUCUACCCCAGCUUUAAUUAGUCAAUGAUGGCAGCAAUGACCUGUUUCUUCUUCUCAUUGACCAUUUAGAGAAAAAACAAAACAGACAUUUGUCUUUGUGUUGUGUUACAGCUAGUUACAGCUGAGGUAUUUAGUUUGGGUUUUACGGCUGAGUAGUGAUAAGGGAAACAGAUGUUAUUGUUCAGUGGGAAGAAUUACGUGAAAACCCUACCUCACCAUCUGAUGUGGCUGAAACCUUGGCAUUGAAGGUUUCAUUGUUGAAUUAGCCUGACAUGAAGUACAAGAGCAGAGCAGGCUUACAUGCUAGCUACCAACAGACAUAGUUUCUCUUUGAAAUGACUGCACUUAAACCCACUGUAUGUAGAACUUGAAAUGAAUUUGUGCAGUGAUCUGCAAACACCAGCAUUUGCUAUCACUGCAGCACUUGUCACUGUUUAUAUUGAACAUGUGUCAUGUUUGACAAAGCAGUUUGUAUUAAAACUGGAGGCCAA